AUGUCACUGCCUGGUAUCGCCUACCUUGUUCGACACGCUUCCUGGAGAGUUCUCUAUCUCUGCACAUCCGUUCCUGCAGUCCAUCCACAGUAUUGUCCUCUAUUUCUUCGCCUUGGAGUCUCCUCGUUGGCUUCAUCUGCAAGGAAGAACGAAGAAGCCAUUCAAGUGCUCAAAAAGAUCUCACCUGCAAAGAGAGUUACUUGGAAUCAGUAUCUUAUAAGCUAUCUCGAGAAGAAGCCUUCGAACAAGCUCCAAGCUCGAUCAAGGACUUGUUCAGCCGAAGAUGGGCUUUCGAAGAAUCGUAGUUGUUAUGAUCAUAAUGUUUGGGUUGGGGAUGAUGUAUUACGGAGUUCCAUUAGCGAACUCGGUUCUUUCUUCUGCGCCAGGAUCGGGUUUAACCUAAUGUCGGUUUAUCUGGUUGAGAUGUUCCCAACAUGCGUGAGGAACUUCGCUACAACGAUGCUUAGACAAGCGCUUGUACUUGGAGGAGCUUGUUGUCCAUCAUUGCUUCAAUUGGAAGAAAUGUUCCGUCGCUUCUCUUUCGCGGUUUUCGGGACUGCUUUGGCCGGUCUCGGUUUAUUUGUUUUGCUCCUUCCUGAGACCAAAGGGUCAAGUCUUUGUGAUACAUCGAAGCACAAGAGCAGAGAGACCAAGCCUUGA